AUAUUAAUUAAAAUGGAAGCCCAAGAACCUGUUGAAGCUGACACUAAGGAAUCACAAAUUGUAAAGAAAAGAGAAGCCAAAUUAGUACAGAAAAUGGAAGAGAUUAAAGAAAUGAACCAGAGAACUACAAACACAAUUAUUAAACCUACCUCUACUGUGAAAUCUAAUGUCAUUAAGGAAGGAGAUAGAGUUCUACUUGUGAGCAAUUCUGGCAAGAGUUUGAUAGCCAAGAUGAAACCUUCUAAGAAGUACAAAAUUGGCAACUUCUUUGUCAUGGGGGAGGAAAUUAUUGGCUGUACUUAUGGCACUAUUUUGGAGAACAAGAAUAAGCAAACUAUAAUUAAAGAAGAUAUCUACACUCUUGACCAAGACAUUCACUCCCUUGAAGUCAACACUGAGAUAAAUAAUGAUAAUAGAGAGAUCUACGCUGUGAACGAGAACCAGAAAUUGUCAUACGAAGAGAUUGAAUACAGAAAAAGUAUCGGGAUCCGUGGACAAGAGCUAAUAGACGAUAUUGUUCAAAACUCUGAGACCUUUAAUAAAAGGACUAAAUUCAGCCAGGAGAAGUAUCUUAAGAGGUUGAAGAAGAAACAUCUUAACUAUGUUGAGCUCAGGUAUCCAUCCCUGCAUCAUAUCUGUGAUUUUGUGUAUGACAAUGUUGAUAACAAAUCACUUAAGCUAAGACAUGAUGCAUUAGGCUAUAUCUUGAACAGCACAAAUCUUUCAUGAAAGUCUACUUCUUUGGUGAUAGAGAAUACUAAAGGAGUAGUCACAGCAGGAGUUGUUGAGAGAAUGAACGAGCAAGGGAUUAUUUAUAAGCUCUCCCUGCCUGAUGGGGAAAGUAAUAACGUUAAUGGCGAAAUCAUGCAUAUGAACAAGCUAUCAAAUGUCGAGGGGGACAACAUCGAGUUCAUUAACUAUAGACAACUGAAGAAAAAGAAUGAAGAAUCAAUAGAAUUAAGAAAGAAGCUCCAAGCUUCUUGUUCGAGUUGUAUUAUUGUACACGACAAGCAUAGCCCUAAAGAUUUAUUCUCCAUUGCUCAGGAAUUUCUUCAGUAUUCAUGCUAUGUGGCUGUUCAUUCUCAAUUUAUGCAUCCAUUAGCUGAACUAGAGAAGUAUUUAAAUGAUAUGGGUCUUGCUGUGAUGAUUAGACUUGAAGAAUUAUUCACUAGGGAAUACCAAGUCCUUCCUCUCAGGACUCAUCCCCAUAUGGUCACCACUCACAGCAGUGGAUACAUUCUAUCUUUUAUCACAAUUGAAGCAGGAAGAUAAGAAAGAUGGAUUAUGAAA